ACGCCGCCCAAGCGAAACGACGUGAGGACGCUACGUCCAGUUGAGGGAAAGAGUCGGAGAAGAGCGAAAAAUGGCGACCUCAAACAAUCCGCGAAAAUUUAGCGAGAAAAUCGCUUUACAUAACCAGAAGCAAGCCGAGGAAACAGCGGCGUUCGAAGAAGUGAUGAAAGACCUCAGUAUUACUAGAGCAGCACGGUUGCAGUUACAGAAGACCCAGUAUUUGCAACUAGGGCAGAAUCGUGGACAGUUCUAUGGAGGUUCACUGCCUAAUGUCAAUCAGAUUGGAAAUAGCACCAUUGAUCUGCCUUUUCAGACUCCUUUUCAGACUUCCGGGCUGGACACGAGUCGAACUACCCGCCACCACGGCCUGGUCGACCGUGUGUACCGCGACCGGAACCGCAUCACCUCCCCUCACCGCCGACCCCUCUCUGUGGACAAACACGGUCGCCAAAUUGACAGCUGUCCCUAUGGUGCAGUGUACCUGUCACCCCCACCUGACACAAGCUGGAGAAGGACUAAUUCUGACUCAGCGUUACACCAGAGCACCAUGAACCCCACUCCGCAGGACUCGUUCACCGGAGGGUCGCAGGACCUGCAGCCAAAGCGUGUGCUCCUGCUCACCGUACCUGGGACAGAAGAGCCGGAGUCAGAGAUGGACAAAAGCCAGAAGUCCAUUUGGGAUAGCAAAAAGAACAUGUCAUCAAGGCCCAAGUCCUGCGAGGUUCCAGGAAUAAACAUAUUUCCGUCACCUGACCAGGAGAUGAGCACGUCCCUGAUCCCUGCCACGCACAACACCGGUGGAUCCUUGCCCGACCUCACCAACAUCCAGUUCCCCCCUCCGCUGCCCACCCCGCUAGACCCCGAAGACGCAUCCUCCUUCCCUGUCCUCAGCACCUCCAACAGCACGGGCAACCUGACCACCAACCUCACCCACCUGGGCAUCAGUGCUGCCAGCCAUGGAGUUACCACGUCCCAGCCCACCAUGACGGCGACAUCACAACGCAGGCAACAAAACGUGCUCCCGCUCAACCUAAAUACAGACGCCCACCACCAACAGGCCCCCCAGCAGCUGUCCCCUACUCUGUCUCCCCCUCUCACCAUUGCACAGGCCGUGACGAUGGACGCCCUGACCCUGGAGCAGCAGCUCUCGCAGUACCCCUUCUUCAGCCAGCUGACAUCGCAGGUGGGCGGGGACCUGCAGCAGAACAUCCGAUUGGUCCAGCUGCCCCCGCUGUCUGUCACCACGGCCUCCACCCAGUCCCAGUCCAGCCCGGGAAGCCAGAGCCAGACCUCUGUCGGCAUCGACAUUAAUUCGGCCUCUUCCCUCCAACAGUACCGCAGUCAGGCUGGGUCUCCCGCCAACCAGUCUCCAACCUCUCCAGUCUCCAAUCAAGGCUUCUCGCCCGGCGGCUCGCCUCAACACACUUCUAUCCUGGGCAGUAUCUUUGGGGACUCGUUCUACGAUCAGCAGCUGGCCUCCAGACAGACCAAUGCUCUCUCGCACCAGCUUGAGCAGUUCAACAUGAUUGAAAAUCCUAUCAGCUCCAGCAGCCUGUACAGCCAGUGCUCCACCCUCAACUACACCCAGGCGGCCAUGAUGGGUCUAACAGGAAGCCAUGGUAGUCUGCAGGACUCCCAGCAGCUAGGCUACAGUAGCCAUGGCAACAUCCCCAAUAUCAUUCUCACAGUGACUGGGGAGUCUCCGCCCAGCCUGUCCAAGGAGCUGACCAACUCUCUGGCCGGCGUGGGAGAUGUCAGCUUUGACGCGGACUCCCAGUUCCCCCUGGACGAGCUGAAGAUUGACCCACUCACCCUGGACGGGUUGCACAUGCUCAACGACCCUGACAUGGUCCUGGCCGACCCUGCCACGGAAGACACUUUCCGGAUGGACAGGCUGUAAUGUAGAAGGUGGUGUACAAAAUGUCGAAAAAAUGGCGGCCUGGGAUGGUUGGAAUGAGAGGAGGGUGGGGGAAUCAUCGCCCCGCUGCACAGCUAUCCAGAUCCCCCCCCCUCCCCUCCACCUCCCUCCUUCAGCCUCAUGUCCUCUGAUUGGGUCAGGAUGUGCCACAGCUUGCCAGGGUUUUGGGGUGGGGGGGGGGAGGCGGGGGUGGGAGGGGGGGGGGAAUUGAAAAAAGGAAAGUUGUGAUGGUGUCAUAUCCGGUGAAAAUAAGCUUAAUGUUCAGAGUUCGUAAAAAACCAACUGCACCCACAGUGAGCUUGCCAUAUGUCCCUACUUGCAGUUGAAGACUGAGGUUUUUAACAUCGUUCAGACUUUCCUACAAACCUGCUUUGGGUUGUCAAUUUUUGUAUUUUACAGAGCUUGUAUCUACUCAUUUUGAAAUCUGUAUUUUCUCUUAAAAGAGGAACAAAAAAACACAACAAAAAAGGAUUUGAAAAGGUACAAUGCCUACCUUAAUUGCCAUUUAGUAUACUUACAUCAUUAAUGUAAUAAUGGCAGCAAAAUGAGUUUGUUUCCGUUUUUACUUUCAGUCAGGCAGAUUCAGCUUCUCCGGCCCAGAUUGUCCUCACUACGGUUUUUGUUUUUUGUACACAAAGCUUUAUUUAUGUUUUACAUGUUUCGUACUCACAGAUUAUAUCCACAGCCAAAUUUUCUUUCAUGAAUGCUUUUUGGUGUCUAUGUUAUUUAUUGUGCGCUGUCUUUUACGUUUUUGCUUGUUUUUGUUGCUUUUUGUCUUUAAAUGACCAGCAUUCACUGCCUAUUUUGGUACCCUGCCGAAUUGCACUUCAAAGGUCAUUGUUUUUUGUUUUGUUUUUGCGCUUACUUCAGCUUUUGUUUCCUAAUUUAAUUUGUACCAGCACUGGUCAGUUUAUUUUUUGUAUAAGGAGUGCUAAUCCUCCCCAUACUAAGUGUACUCAGGUUUUACAAGAAUAUCGUGACAUGUCAUUUAAAACCUAUCCCAGUACUCUCAUGAGUGCGACAUUACACAAUGCUUAAGUAUUCAAAAGUACAUGUAGUUGUUUAUGACACCUGUCCUAAAGGGUCAAGGUUUGUCUGAGUCUUGCUUUGCAACUGUUUUUGUCUGAUGCCCUAAAGAGGUAUGAAUAGCUUACAAAUGACAUGCAACUAUUAAGGUGCUUUUGGUGCUGUAUAAAAACAAUGAUGGCAACAAAAUUCCUAAUAUGUACAUGCCUUUGUUUAUGUAGUAUUGCUGUCGCCAUUAUGUCUUGCAAGCAGUAAUUGAUGUGAUUUCAUGUACGUCAAGGGAACCCCAAAUUGUCUGCUGCACUUAUUUAGUGUAGAUUUGCAAAUUGACAGCCCGCUUUUGUUUUGAGUUUGAAAGUUGUUUCCAUUUUCGUCUGGUCAUUGGGAUUUCUCCAAGUGCAAGAAGGAAGCAAACAGACCAAUCCAUGAACCUGAUAAUGAAACACUAUAGAAACCAAUUGAACUCAUCACUGUGAGAUCACCUUAUUUUGCCUUACAUGAACAAGAUGCUGUUUUCAAGUGUCUGUUAUCUAUUGUGAAAAUGUAUUUUCUUAACGUCUCUUAUCUCUGCUUUCAAAAGAUUUUUAAUGAUGUACAAUCAGUGAAAAUAUUUGCGGCGGUGUACAGUUGUGUAUUUAAUCUUACACUUAGAACCCUAGUUCCCGUUGUGUUGCAGUGGCUAGAUCAGACCUGUGUUGAGAACAUUGAGGAUGGUGAGUGCAAGCAAGGGGAGGGUUACUACUCCUUAAAGUGUGAAUAUCUGGGGGAUAAUGUUUCAGCUUUAUUUAUUUAUGUAUUUAUUGCAUCUUUUUUUCUCCUCACAUCACAAAUUCAAAGUCAGAAAGUAGAAAUGAUCAUGAUGCAUGGUUUGCAUUGGACAGUGAACUUCAUGCAGUGUUAAAUGUUAAGUGUUUUGCCGUCAGUAAAUGUGCAGGUUCAGUGUUGCGUUACUCAGCUUUUGCUCCAAUGUGAGGUUUUAAUCAAAGUUAUUUGGUUUUGUUUACUAUAAAUAAAUGGAUUCCUAUGCAAAAGAACUACUAAACAUACCAUAGAAAAUAGUAGAUAUUCUGAGGCAAAAAUGUUUAUGGUGUAUAACAUUAUUGGAGCAAAAUCUGUUGUGCUUUUUCCCCAUAAUAUUCUGUGCCAUUCAUACUGUCAGCAAAAAAGCAUUACAUACAUCAGGUUUACAAUUUUUUUCAUUUUGUUUUCGUCUUUAUUACAUUUUUCCAUGCAAUAGAAGAAAUACUUAAAUGCAUAUUCUUGUAUAUCCUGUAUAUAGGUUAUGGCUAAAAUUGUAAAAAAACAACAAAAAAAACUGCAUGACAAAAAAUAGGACAGAAAAUUGCCUUCAUGAGGUAAGCAAGUUAGAUGAAAUCAUGCCACACAUGGUACACAGUGAACUCCCAAGUUGGAGAGGAGGGAUGUGUUUGUGAUUUGGAGUGAUCACCCAGAUGUGACUACUGUAUGUGCUUUCGGGGUAAUGAUGCUGUUUCCUCAUUAUCACUGCGGCAUACUGUUGGUGCACUUCUGAAAUAAGAAUGUAUUUAUUUAUUUUACAGUUAGUGAGGACUUGGCGUGUUACACCAAAUUACAUCAGCAUUUGGAAUCCUAAUUUUGGACCAAACCCGAAAAUGCUUUUUUUUUUUUUUUUGAUUAAAAUCAAAUGGCGGUUGUGUAUUUGUACCUUUGAGCGUUCAUUGUACUUAGUUUCAUAACAUGGGAUCUUCAUUCCCACUGAGAGAAUCCUGGGCUGAAGUUAAGCAUGUGAUGCAUCAUAAUCAGAGUAGAGUUAGUCUGGUUUAGAAAGCAUGCUUUUGCCUCUGAUUCGAAGCAGUUCCCAGUCUAAAGGGUGCCGUGGAUUGUUCUUCAGAAAAAUUAAACCCAGGGAAUAUGUUUGGUUGUACAUACUACUCAUUUUCAGUCGGCUUUGUCAAGGUAACAUGCACAUACCAGUACAAAGUAGUAAUGUCUACUUAAUAUUUGUGUUCGGUCCAGCCAAAAAUAUUCCCAGGUUGCAGUUUUUUAUUGAUAAUGUUUUCAGAGAAACUCUGAUGUGAUAUUUGCAUUAAGUAAGGAAAGUAUGUGUAAGCAUUCAUUAUUUUAAGAGAACAGCCCAAUUCUGUUUUGUAGGUCUAAAAGAAGAUGCCCAACAUGCUUCAAGCCAACUAAAUAAAAGAGGACCAGAUAAGAGCUCAACAGCCAGGCCUGUCAAACUAGAGUUGAACUCCUUACCCAGACACUUUACGGGGACUGGCCCAAAAUAAGGAACACUUUGCCCAGAGCAAAAGACACUGUUUACUGAACAGGGUGGGACUCUGUUUCGAUUUCUAGGUAUGUUCAUUAAACAGUGCCUUUUGUCAUGAGCAAUGUGUGCUCCAGUGUUCCUUAUUUUGGGCCAGUCCCUGUGAAGUGUCUGGGUAAGGAGCUUUACUCCUGGGUUGUUGGUCAUUGUGUCAGCAAACUCCCACCCACCCCCAAAGAUUAAGAUUUUUUUUAAAAUCAUCUCUCUUCCCAGUGUCUUUGUGCAACUUGCUCGGAAGCCCCUGUGUCAUUAUUCCAGUUUAAUAUUGUGGAUUACUUUGCACUUUAUUUGCUGCUCUUUAGCAUGAAAGCCUGGGACAGCUUAAAGCUCUGCUAAAGUUGGCUACCAUGUGUAGCCAACCCAUUCUCUCCUAUUUGGUCAUUAAUUAUUGCCGCCUUCUUUAGAGAUGUCUAUUUUAAGAGGAUGUAUAUAUUUUCUUCUAGAGGGGUCUAUUCUUCAUUGGCUGCUUUUCCUUGUAAAUCUCCAAAUGUGGACUGUGUCUGUUAUUGUUGAAUAACCUUAUUUUUGAAACCUGAUAUCUCAUUUCUGAGUGCUAAACUGAAAGGGCUCCAGAACAGUGCAAUUUGAUGUUCUGUCACUUGUAACAUGGUGCGUUACGCUUGGAAUAUAAGCAGGCUGCAUGAAUCAAAAUGACAUGUUUUGUAUGUGUAGGUGAGUUUACAUCACGGCUGUCCACCUGCAUGAGAAAUGGCAAUCAGAGAAGGUCUGCUUCCCUGUUUUGCUGGCAGGGGAGACAGUGGUAUGGCUGGCGUCUCGAUUUAAAUAGAAACUUAGAUGGAGUUCCUUUCGGCCUUAAAGAAACUGUGAGGUGCAAUAUCCCUGAAAAUUUGCAAACAGAUUCGAUCAUUUCUGCAGUGUGUUUUGCCCAACAUGAGGCGUUAAACCAAAUAAUGGCAAUUCUAAGUGAGAUCAAAUAUAACUAAAAUGACUUUUAGCUCUAUUUUAUCAUAAACUUUGCUGUAUGUGGUGUUUUAAUUUUUGUGUUACUUGUUUUGAACAUUUGUCCUUGGGGAAGAAAAGGCAAAGUGGUGUAAUCCCUAAUUUAAAAAAAUUACCCAGAGCACAAUACAAUGAUGUUGUUAUAGGUUUUAGACUAAAUCCACCCCCAGUUUUCUCUCAACUAUUUGCCCCAUCUUUGGAUACCAUGCCACAAGUUGUCCAUUUUAUAGUAAAACUAAUUUGCUCUCAGUUGUCGUUUUCUUUGUGCCAGUAUAGAAUCCCAAUGUGAGUUUGAUCUGUAUGUAGAGAUGUUUGUGACAACAGUUGCUGUUAACUGUGGAAGGCAACUUUUCUCUGUACAUAGUCUUGAUUAUUGCAUAUUAUACCAGUCGAUAUGUUCAAGGCCACGCUGUAACUGCAGGUUAUGCUGCAAUGUGAACAUGCAUGAUAUGUGAGCUGUGUUAUCAGAUUGUCAUUGGUCUUUUAAUCAGUUUUAUUUUGUAAUUUGUAUUGUUCUUUUUUGUUUGUUUGUUUGUUUUUUAAAGAUUGUUUAAAAUGCUUGUGCAUGUGAGUGAAUCCAGUACCAGCGUAAUAUCACUGUAAGCAAAUUGCUUGCACAGAUACAGAUAUACAAAUACCUGUAUGUGUAAUGUGGAAAACAGUUCAGAAGAAACUAAAUGUGCCAUUUUGCCACUGUUGAACCAGCAUCUACAUGUACCAAUGCAAGGAUUGGAAAAAGAAUAUGUUUGCAUAAAGUUCCUUUGAGCAUGCCAAGGACAAUUCAGUAUUUACAGUCCUGAUUGAUAUUUAGUAUUUAAUGGGAGAAAUUAUAUUGUUAAUAAGUGCUGUUAUAUAGGUUGUGUGGUGGGAGGAGUUGUAGUAAUAUGAAAGCAAUUUUAUUACUACUGUCUACUGUGUGGCUGGGUUUAAAAAUUUUUUUUUUUUUAAACAUUAUUUCAAUUACAUACAGUAUGUUUGCACUGCAUGAAUUAAUUAUUUUUGUUAAUCACACUGUAUUUGGAAUUAAAUGUAUUAUAGGUUUGUACAUUUUUUUAAGAACUAUGACAAUUGGCACUACAUUUUAACAUUCUUUGUUUUUUCUUGUUUUUUUAUUGUCUGUGGUUGCAGUUAUUUAUUGCUUUAUAUAGAAACUUGGCAAACUUAUGUUUAAUGACAGUGCAAUGUUUUAUGUGUAGCUGUAUUAGUCAUGGAUCAGCCAUAGAUAAAGGAAUACAUGUUUUGGCGUGUGCUCCUAUUUAUGUCUAAAGGCAUGACACAUCCAGUUCCCCUGCACUAAAACAAAUUAGCUUUAUUUCUCCUAUUAUGAAUCACUGAUUAAGUUUGCCAAGUUUCUCCCCACAAUCUGUUAAACAUCCUUUUAGCUGAAAAGGGUAUUUGUUGUGUUUGAUGUGUUUGAUUUUGAGAAACAUGACAGCUUGUGAAUUCAGAAUGUGAACAUAGACAUAUGUGUGAAAUUGAAGCUGAUUUGGAGCAAUGUUACCCUCUGACAUGGUAAAUAUAUUUUAAGAAAAUAAUUAGGAUAAAGAAAAUAUUUAUCUGAAGAGGUGUUUACAGAAUUUGUGCAAUUGAAUUUUCCUCACAUGCAACAAUGGAGCUGGCCUCAAGAGUUGGCAGCACAGUAACCUUUUACAGAAACAUUUUUGGUUUUUUUUUUUUUUAAGCGUUAUUGACCCUUAUUCCAUUUUCUUUAAAAAUACAACAGUAUGUUUUGUCUUGAGGAAAGGAGUGAUCUAUUGUUUUUUUUUUUUAGGAACAGGUUAACAUAUAAAAUCAAGAGUCUUUUAACUUCUUUGAGUCAACAAAACUUUCCGCAAAUGUUUGAUGUAGAAACGGACGGAGAAUCUUGGACCAGCAUGACAAAUUUCUGGAGGUGCUGAAGUUAACCAUUUAUUGCCCCCAUACACCUGUCAUAACAUGGCAUGCAAAAUUCUCAACUCACCUCUGAUUGAAAUGUAAUUGAGAUGGCUAUUUUAAAUCUAUAAAAUAAUGUCAAUAUAAUAAUUCUAUGACUGUUUAUUAUAUUAUAAAAUACUCAUUUUGCAUAUGAGCUAAAUUGCCACAAAAUGUGUACCUUAAGUCUUGUGACCAUGAAAACUUUUUUAGACCAAGACCAUGGCCUGCAUGUCUUGCAUAUAUUUUUAAGGUGAGGUACUUAUUAUAUAGGUGUGAAAGCACAGUGUCCGAUUAGUGGCAUAACACAAUUAAACGCUUUAUAUUUCAUAGCAUGUAUGAGGAUAAACAAAUCAAACUAGGAAUGCUGAACACAAUCAAUAUACCAGUGCAGAUAUCCUUUAAAUAAUGUAUGCAAAUAAAUAUCACUGAUCUACAUUUCUGUAUCAAUGGGGAUUGUAUAUGUAUUUGUGUAUGUUAAAGUCAUGGAUGAUGUAGGAAAGCUUGUUUUUCUUUCUUGUGACAUAUCACUAAUAGAAUUUUAGGUCCCUGUUUGAACUUAAAGCAGCAGUAACCAACUUCCUCAAAGGUUGCAAUGUUGAGAAAAUAUUUCAAAAAUCAUGACCCCUGUCAGGCCCCCUCCCCCCACCUGCCCCUGCACAGACCUCGUUGUUAGCACACAUCUGCAUUCUUUCACAAGCAGGAUUCUAGCUGGUUCUAGCUAAUAUGAUCUCUCUGAUAGGUAACGUUAGCUUACCUAGCUAGCUUAGGCGAACUACCUAACAAACUAUCAUACAGAUAACAUUAUCGAUUAUUUCUUUCAAUUAGCCGCCAAAUAGGUAGGUUAUCAAGAAUGUCUUGCUACUUUGGUGGCUAAAUUCAUUGACUGGCAAGCAAAAAGUCCAGGUAAAUUACUGUCUUGUAAUUUAGACCUACCUGUCCAAUAGAAAUAUUGUGAUUUCUGUGUCUGUCUUCAUUGGUGAAACUCUAUCUAUGUGUACAAAUAUGUGACCUUGCAAGGUCGAUCUCGUUGAUGAUUGGUUCAUGUGAACCGGCCUAUCUCUUUGAUUGAUUCACCUUGUGAAUCACUUCGUUUUGAAGACAAGAACUGGGGCCGAAUCCCUGGUUUUAGAAAGCAGAAUUUGGGGGUGUAAAACUAUUUAUGGUGCCGGCUUUCUCUCACAGCAGCUCUUUCUAUGAUUGAUACCAUAUAGGCAUGACUGUUCCCCAAUAUUUUUAUUUUUAUUUUUUUAAGUUAGUUACUACUGCUUUAACUGCUCAUUUGAGAGGGUCUCGGUUGGCAUGACACCAUGCGUAUUUCUGUGUUCACGUCGUAACACACAGCACGUCAAGACUGUCAGUUGCUUACAUGUAUUUCUAGAAUGUGGAGAGCAUAAAAAAACUAUUUAUGCAUCAUAUGUAGCCAUGUUAAGGAAGUGGUGAGUAACUAGUAUGGUAGGCUGUGUCCUCAUAGGGAUGUGUAAAAAUCAUUCCAUCACUUGUUUUCAUUGAUUAGGAAACUGAACAUUACAAAUUUACUUAAAUUUCCUGAUGGAUCGGUGUUAGAAAGAGUUUACUUUAAGAACCUCGAGGGACUGGAACUUUGUAAAAAAAAAAUUUUUUUUUAAAUGUAUCUAUAUACAAAAAACAAACAUUUCCAUCUUUUCAUUUGCCAGUAUGUUCAUUUUUAAUUUAUAAUACUGAGCUAUAUGAACAAGGAUAACAUUUCUUUGUGAGUUAACCCAAUAAUUAUUUAAUUUAUGUGCUUUAAUUUUUUUUAUUUUAAUAUACUAUUAUCCGAACAAAUUUGAUUAGUACCUUCAGCAUUUUUACCAUCAUUAAUUUCCCUCUAAUGAGUUUUCUGUCUUAAAAAAACAACAUUAAAACAUUCCUCAGGUAUUGCAACAAUAUCUUUUUUCGAAAUAUACAAGGGCCUGAAUGGUAAUUUCUUUGUUUGGAAUCUUUAUCUGACACUAUGGAUACAUAUCUAUGAUGUGCCUCAGCUGAUUUAGGUAAAAUCUAUGAACAAGUGAAAAUAUUAUGACAGCUAGUGUUUCGAGUAGGUGGUUAUUCAAAUCCUUUGUUAGGAUUAUGAAGUGAUGUCAAAACUUUUAUGAUGACAAACAAAAGACCCAUGUUCAAGUGCUAAGGUAGUACAGUAUAGCUGUUUGCUGCAAAGAAUACAAUUACAUUUACAGUUAAUUAUAAUGGCUUCCUAGAAGAAGUUGUGACUUAUACCAAAAAAUAAAAAAUCAAAGUUACACAGUUUUACAUGGGUUUAAAAGACUGUUUAAAUUCCCUUAUAUUUAUUAUGUGGUUGUGUCUUUUUAUUAACAGGUUUAAAAAGAAAAAUUUUGGUCACUUAUAAAUGCUUUUUUUCAUGUUCAGUGUAUGUUAAGUGUAUUGAGUCUGUUAUUGUGAGAACUCUCAAAUGCAGCAGUAAUGGAAAAUGAUGUUAAAAACAGAGGGUUUCACUGCAUCAGAACAGUUUAUUGAAUGAUGUAAUGUGUGAGUAGCUUUACAGUUUGUUUUAUUUUAUUUCUUUUUGUUCAUUUAUUUUGCUUCAAGCAAGAGCUAUUUGAUAGACCCAAAUUUCGUGUUAAACUUGAACAUUUCUACAAUAUUUAAUCCUGGAUCUGCAGUUGUAUAAUGACUCUGGCACUGGGUGGAAAACCAAAAUAGAUGUCACUUUCCUUGAAUGAACAUGACAUCGAUUUAAAUAUCAUGUUGAAUUAUAUAGGCAAAACAUGACUUAGACUUGCUGAAGGUAUCUGAUUAUGUUCGCUUGAAAUUAACUGAGAAGAGGUUUCAAUCAGAUUAUGACUUCACAGAUCGGUAGCUUAAACCUUAUUUUGUCUCCUACCCUUACUGAUUUUGUAUUUAAACUUUCCCCAAGGUAAAUUCAGCUCUCAAAAUUUAGUUUCUCUAAAUUACAUAUUUAAAAUAAAAUAUGACUGACUUAACAACUGUAAUGCGACACUGACGUUCUGUUGGAAAUAUACCAAAUUCAAAAGAAAUUAUUGAAAUUACACUAUGUAAUAUUUCUUGCACUAAAUCAGUGAGCCAUGUUUAAAGUCUCUCACAGAGCUACAUAACGACUGCCUAUUAACACACCAACCCUUUAAUAGCAAUUAGAUGCUAGAGUAUUGUGUUUACAUGUGUAUGUAGUGUCAAUAUAUAGUUUUAUAAGCAUAGGUUGUUCGUUACAAGACGUAACUCGGAUCAUUUGCAGCAUUGACUCUUCCCAUUCAGCUGCUACAUAUGUCAUGGUGUUAUUUGUUCUGUUAGGUUUUUGUUUGUUUUGAUGUGGAUAAAAAUGAAGCAACUACAGGAUUGACAUGCAUUGUUUACAUGUUGAACAGGAGACUUUGAAAACUCCAAUGUAUAAUAUGCUUUAAUUGUAUGUUGUUGAUCUAAUGCUGAAAACAUGAGUAUCAUAUGUAUGAUUCAGCAGUUACGUUUAAUAUGACAUUAUAAAUUCAUGCCGCAUGGAGCUAGGUUUCAAAUAGCCCCAAACAAUAGGGGCUGAUAUUAUAGGCUUUGCUUUAAGCAUUUGUAGUAGUCUCUAACUAUUAUGUCAUUUCCAGUAUGCUAAGAAAAUAGUUAUCAAUCUGAGGAAGCCACCUAGUAGGUAUUUGGGGGUACACAUGGCAUCUCGCUGGGAAAUCUCUAGGAAGUCUGCAGUUUCCCCAAUACUUCACCAGGCUGGAGGAUUCUUGAUAUAUAUAUAUAUAUAUAUAUUUAAGAUAUGUUUACGAUCCAUUUUAUGUGUUUUGUACUGUAACAAAAUAAAAAGAAUAGAUGGACUAUCCACCAAAACAUGCAAAGGGGAAAGAUAACUUGACAGAAAAUCUGGCAUUCAGCAAAAUAUUGUAAAAGAAAAACUUCUUCAAAUCUACAGAUGCCCCAUCAACAGCAACUAUAAUCAAAUUAUAUGUGAUAUGAGCAUUAAAUGAGAUUGAACUCACUUGUCAGUUCAUUUCUCAUGCAGUGGCAGCUAUAUUGUAAGAUAGUUUAUUAUUUGUUCACGUUUGAUGGUCAAUCGUUGGUCAGGCAUCUGAUAGCAACUCCUGCGGACACCAAUAGGAUCUGUAUAAUUUUUCUUGUUAAAUAUGCAAAACUUAGCAUUUAGAAACGAAGCUCAGCAAUCCCAAAAUAGUUUUGUAGAGCCGCCCCUUUAAAAGGAAUCAAUUGAAUCUGGUUUGAAUUAUCUUGCUUUUUAUAUUCAAAAUUUACUAAACAAAAACAAGUAGUAGGCUAUAGAUAUGUGCAAAUAACCAAGAACUGACGUGGAAGCUGUACAUUUUUAAGUAUCUUUUCUUGUGUGAAGGCUUUUGUCUUUGUAUCUUUGCAUUACUAUUUGUAAAUUAAAUGUAAUAAAAAAGUGAGAAGAAAAAUCAA